AUGAUGACGCAGCCGUUCCCUGCCCACCAAGGCAUGCCCCAACAUGGAUUCCCUCCUGGCCACCCAAUGGCCGCGCAACAUCCGAACGGACACCCAGGCCCCGGCAUGGGACAACAAAUGCAUCCCGGUGUAUCCGCGCCUAACGGACCUCAGGUCAGCCAAGCAGGCCCGAUGAUGGGUGGAAUGCCCCCGGGCGCUGGAACUGCUGGCCCUGGUAUGCCAAACGCUCAUGCUCUCUCCCACCUGAAUCCCGCGCAGGCGCAUAUGCUUCAGGGUCCACAAUUCCAACAGAAUUUCACGAACAACCCCCAAUUCAUACAACAACAGCAGCAGCAGCAGUUAAUGCGCCAACGAAUGAUCAUGCAACAGCAACACCAGCAGCAACAACAGCAACAGCAACAGCACCAGCACCAGCAACACGGCGCCCCCGUAUCGAUGCCUAAUGGCACCCAAGGACUCAAUGCCGCUCAAAUGGCCGCAAUGCAAGCGAAUCCCGGAAUGCGGCCUGUGAAUAUGGUGCAUCUACAGCAACAAAUGCCGCAUGGCCAACCGCAAAAUUUCCAACACCAACAACAGUUAUUCGCGAUGCAGCACCAGCAGGCGCAACAGGCCCAGGCCCAGGCCCAGGCUCAAGCUGCUCACGCGGGGAACGGUCAGCCAGGUCAACACACUCCGCAACGUGCAUCGGCGCAGCCUCCAAACAUGCAUGAACAAAGUGUGACUCCGCAGUCGCAGCAUGGUGGACCGCCCCAGGGAAGUGGUACCCCUCAACCAUCCCAACCCUCUCAGCCACCAUCCUCACAACCUCCCACCUCGCAAGGGCCUCCUCAGGGCCAGGGGACCCCAAACCCACCUCCCCAGCAAUUGCCUCAGUCCCAACAGCCCGGACAAAUGGGUCAACCUGGGCCACAACAACAGCCUCCUCAGAACGCCCAGGGCCAGCCUGGCCAACCACAGGGCCCCCCGAACCAGCACUUGACACCCCAAGAAAUGCAACUGAAAGCACAGCAUCACCAACAAAUGCUGAUGCAGCAAAGGAUGAAACCACAAAACCAGUCGAUUAUGGCAUUGGAUGCUUAUGCUGAGCAAUUGUCCAAUUUCGUCUCCCGCAGCGAAGCGCAGGAUCUUCUAUAUUGGCAGUCUUUCGUCGACCGUUUCUACUCUCCUGUGGGUGUAUUGCGACAGGGCGUUUGGUCCACUGCUGGAGGGGCGAAACAAUUUGAAAUUGCGACGCCCGCAUUGGCACGUUAUUAUUUAACGCAGUUCUCAAGUGGAAUAACAUCCAUCCAGAUGCUGGUGGAAGGCGCUCGCGAGCGAGAAUCACAAAAUGGAGGGCACUACGUCGAAGCCCACAAAUGCUCAUUCAUCUAUUGGUUCAGGAACGAGUGCCAGCUCUUCACCAAUGGCUCUCUUCGUGCGCACUUUGACGUGAACAACAAGCUGGAGAUGCUUGAUAUCAGUGUUGUCAACCACACCGAAUUCAUCCCACGGUCUCUCCUGCUGGCCAUGGAGGCAGACUCCCAAAAGCAAAGUCCUAAGGUCCCUAAGAACGCAAAGCGGGCUCCCCCAAGACACCCUCAGCAUCGCUGCCAGAAUCUAUCAUCAAUCCCUAUGGUGGCCGAGACGAUCUCUCAGAUGCAAAUGCUGUUCCAAUUCUCGCAAUCAAACCCCCACCUAUCACCCCCCGACGCAUUGCGGAAUCUCGUCAACUCCUUCCAAACGCAAAACCCCAACCCAGGCUUUGCGCCAGGCCCUAUGAACCCAGCCAUGAACCCGGGCAUGAACCCUGGUAUGAACCCAGGUAUGAAUCCUGGCAUGAACCACAUGCACCCUGGCAUGAGCCCUGGUAUGAAUCCAGCAAUGAAUCCUGGCAUGCAACCCAUGCAAAACGUGCGAGGCCCUAGCAUGGGGGCCCCAUCGCAAUUUGCUUCACCAGCCAUGGCUCAUCUCGGUCUUCCUGGGCAGCAAGGCUCGCCCCAUUUGAGUGGCUCGGCACACGCGAGCCCGGCUCAAAGCCACUUGGCGGGUCCACCGGGAAUGCAGCCACCCAUGCAGCCUUCUCCAGCUGGCGUGAACAACAGUCCAAAUGUAGGUAGCAACAAACGCCGCCGGGCAAGCACCGUCAAAAUGGAAUCCGAGGAAGGUGCUGGAGUCGAUGCUAACGGCGCUCCGCAGGGCUCAGCGAAAAUCAAGGCUAGCCCUCGGGUGCCGAAGCGACAAAAAGGGCGCCGCCGCCUGAUCGAAAUUUCCUACUUGUUUUAUUUCCUUCCUUCUUGCAGGAAAUGA